AACAACAAUGUCCGUGAAGCGGCUUCUGUUUGCAGUUUCUCUCUCAGUUGUCAUGCCGGGUUACUCGACCACGACAGAAGUUCCUGUUGACUUGAAAACCGACGUCAGACACUUCCGUGUUCACACAACUGGAGAAAAACUUCAAGAGACGUACAGAGCAUACUUGAGUGAUGCUUGGAAGGAUACUUGCGUUGAAGCCAAGACGACGACGAGACUCGUGAUGAUGAUUUCUAUGGAUUUCAGUAAGUGUGAGAGAGUCUCUAGUGUUAGAGUCUACGUGAAGGACGUCAAUGACAAGCGGGUGGAGAAUGUGAGAGUUGAGAUGCGGCAGGGGUGCGACGAGACGGAGGAUAUGAAUAGUACCAAGUGCACUGUGGCAGUUUCGGAGGGAUAUCUGAUGUACACAUGCGGGAAAUCUUGUAGGCAAGUGACGGUGGGAGUACCGGAUGGGGUGACUGUGUGUGGGGUGACUGUCUACAGAGUCGGGGAUGACACACAGGCUGGGAGAAUGCCAUCCACUCCAUUAAUCCAUUCAUCUCAACAAACAGGUCAAGACAAGACAACCCGAUGCCCAAAUAUACCAACAGUCGUAGGGCAGAGCAUUACACUACACUGUGAAUCCAACGGUUAUCCUUCUCCUGAGUAUCGAUGGCAGUCAAAACGAGGUUACAUUCCUAAUCCAAAGACUAAGGAUGAUGACAUACUGGAGUUGACUCGGUUGAGUGUUAGAGAUAGUGGACAGUAUCGAUGUAUUGCAGGCAAUAGUGUAGGGAUGGCUGCGAGUUGUGUCAACAUCACAGUUCACGGUAAUGUUAGUCGUUGGACUCGUUUGCACACGACGAUUGCGUCUCUCGCUAACACGAGUUCAUUUGUAGAGCCGAUUUCACGCACGUGUGAACUCACGAUCAUUGAGAGAAUGUCUACUUCUUUUCGUUUCAGAGUAGAUUGUUUGUCUUCUGUUGUGUCUCAUCCUCCUGAUUGCCAAGAUAUGCAUUUUGUCGUUUCGUAUCGUCCGUCCGAUUCUCAGCACCGUUUUUAUACAAAGAAAGUUUUCGAGUCGACGACGUUCGAACUCGACGGUCUGACUGUACACACGAAUUACGACAUAAAACUGCGUGCAGUGUACAAGAAGGAAUACUGCAGUGUCAUCCUACCGGUUGAGUGGUUUGCUACCAUGACAACAGGAUAUUCACCUCCUCCACAGCCUGUAGACGUGAGAGUACAUGACGUUAACGAAACGACUGCCGAUGUGAGAUGGAAUCAGCCCGAACAGCCCGAACGUCUCAAAGUCAAGAAUGAGAUAAUCGUACGGAACGAGACUGAUAUGCACACGUUUAUGGAGGAUGUACAGAGCGGAAGGCAACAUGUCAUUUUGAGGGAGCUCACACCGAUAACGAAGUACACAGUGAGGGUAAUAGCCAUCAACGUGGAGCAACCGGAAAUACAGCAAUCGGACAUGAUUAGAGCCACGAGUGAACCAAUUGAAGUCGUGACUACCGGUCCAGCUCCGAUCAACGUGAAGGUCUUUACUACAGCGACGUCUGCGGUUGUGAGGUGGGACAUUGCGGACAUCUUACGGACUCGUGAUGUUACAUACAUAGUGGAAUACUCUGAGAUGGGCAAGAAAUUGGGCAGACAAAAAGAUAGUGUGACAAAGAAAACAAUCACUCUAAAGAAUCUCAAAUCUUACACGAUGUAUAACAUAGAAGUAUGGGCUAAGGUCGGCUCAUUGCCGACCGAAAAAAUUUCACAAACGUUUAGAACCGCUGAAGCUGCUCCUGGUCCACCGCAGGAUGUGAGAGUCGUGAACGUGGGUUCUCGGAUGGCGACUGUUUUGUGGUCUCCGCCGAGUCACAGAAACGGUCGGUUGAUGGAGUACAGAGUGUUUGUUGUGCAUGCCGAUUUGUUGGUGUCGCAACUUGAUGUCAGUCGAGCGAACGUGACGGUGUCCAACUCGACGUUGACUGCUGGUGUUAGUGGUCUGCUGCCUGGCACUUCCUACCGGGUGUGGGUUGUUGCAGUCAAUGGCAUGAGGAGCAGAGAGUUGAUUGGUGAGUUUGCAAUGUCCACGUUUACAACCAAUACGGAAGCUUCUUCUCCUCCACAUGACGUCUCAUAUUUCAAUUUAACAUUUAGUUCUGUUGUGAUCACGUGGCACAAGCCACUCGCACUACACGGAACCAUGUUGAUAUACGAUGUUUCCUUUGUUGUGUCUGGCCGCAAAGUUCAGAGUUUUUCUACAAAGGAAGUGUCUCAAUAUGUAGAUCGUCUAGAGGCAUACACUCAUUACAGAGUGCACGUUCGAGCUGGUACAUUAAUAAACAGGUCAUCAAGGACGUUGUUGUGGAGUGACCCGGGUAUUGUGAACAUCAUGACAAGACAGACUUUUCCAUCUCAGCCUCUCAAAUUACGAGUACCACAUUCUGGUGUAACGUCGCGAUCAUUUCAACUUCGAUUUAAGAAGCCAGAUUCAUCAAACGGAAACAUCCAGUUCUACAGAGUUUAUCUUUGGGAAAAGCGGAAACCAUCUACUACUUGGAUGAUCACACGAGAAAUACCAACACCAGACGAUUCUCUAUCAACUAAUGUCACAGGUCUGUCACCUUUCACUGCAUACAGGGUAUCCUUAGCUGCAGUCAACGUGGAAGAUGGAAAAGAACUCGUUGGGAAACAGACGUCACAUAUGAAAGUGAAAGUCAAAACAUUAGAUGAAGCUCCUACUGCACCAUUCAAUUGCACUGUACUUGAUCAUGAUGAUAGAACGCUCCAUGUAAGUUGGAAGCGUCCACAUCCUGCUGACUACAAAGUUGUAUCAUAUAAUCUUACAUACGUAGAACUACCCUAUAGGAUCGGAAUAUCAAGUUUGGUCUCCAACCGUCAGCAUCAGAUCGUCAAUCUAUUGCCAUACACGAAAUACAAUAUCACCAUCACAGCAAUCACCAACAACACCGCAGUACGUAUUGGACCUCCUUGCUCUCUAACUGCAAGAACAAAGAUCGGAUCUCUCCCCACACCCACUAAACCUCGAUUGGCCGACAGUAAUACCAUCAGUGAUGAUGAAUUGUUCGAAAUCAUUUUUCCUGAUGUGAAUGCGGGAGAUGUACCGAUCCAUUCUGUGGAGGUUGUGGUCGUUGAAAUCAACCCAACAUCUCUAUGGCUUGAAAACAUGACGUUACCGAGUCACGACGACGAUCACGUCGUCGACAUGUAUGUGGCAAAGGAGAUGGGAUACGACGAUGAAGUUGAUCGUGUCGUGAUUGGAACAGGCGACGGCAACGAUCGGUUGUUGAAGGCAAACACGACGUACGCGGUGUACAUUCGCUUCGUUUCAUUGGAGGACGAUCAAACGAGAUUGACGUCCGUCAGCUCACCACUAAUUUUGACAACGACAGAGACGUUGUCGUCAUCAUCGUCGUCGUCGGGCUUAGCUGUGUGGAUAGGAGCUGCAAUUGCUGUUGUUGUUGCAUUGUCACUCAUUGUGGCGAUCGUAUUGCUAAUAAUGACAAAGCGUAACAUGAAACCCGAGUCUCAUACUGAGCAUACAAAUAAAGUGACCCAAGAGUCGGACGGCACUCAAAAUGGUGACACAUCUGUAAAGGAAGUUCCCGUUGUGGUUGUGGACGAGAAAGACGAUGAGUCUACUGUGUAUGCAGUCGCAACAGUCGUCACUAAAGACGACAACAGCUCAGACAGUAAAGCAAAUGUUUUUAUUUACAUUGGAUGGUAG